AUGGGCUUUAUAGGGUUAGAAGACACUGAAAUCUUAGACGAUGAGGCUGUGGAAGAGAACAUCGAUGAAGUCAAGGACUACGGGGCUCGUUUGAAGGACUUUCGAUUGCGCCUGGGCGACUACGACCCAAGGGAUUUAUCUCCGAGUCCUUGGUUAGGAGAGCUGAAUGAGCUCAAUAUUGACUGGGACAAAUUGUUCGUAUACAUGCCGGGCCUCAAGAGGCUGGGUCUGACCAAAGUGCCCUUGCUAAGUUGCCACAUACCGCGUACCCUAAAGGCGUACAGCGAUUUCGUUGAGCCACCUGACGAAUGGAACGAGGUCCCGGGCUUUGGCGAGAGAUCUCAAGACGCCUAUGCAGUCUUCAAUGCAUUUUCUACCUUAAAAGAUUUGAGCAUCGAUAUCAAUCAUUACGUUCAUGAUGAAACCAGUGACCGGAGCCGCAUCCAGACAACACUGCACGUUAUCAACCCUGGAAAGUGCACGCGAAAUGGUGUGAGGCGCAACGAGCUGGCUCCUUUGUUGGAGCAAGUCAAACAGAAACACCCGUCGUUGGCGCUGGCAAUGCGUAUAACUGGGCGACACGGGAACAUGUUCGACCGCAUCGCGACACUCGCCUUGGACUGGCGUCCUCGGUAUCGAGGUCAGCCCCUCUUCUACGACAUGAACGGGAGUGAAGAUGCCGCGUUUGAAAUGGGUAGCGACGUCAGCAUUUACAGUUUGAGCGGCAGUGAAUAUUACAGCAUGAGCGACGAGGAAGGCGCAGCGAUGGAUGAGGAUUAA